AACAUGAACCAAUGGAGUCAGAGCAAGCCAGAUUUCGCCUCCCUUUUGUGGAAGCCGCAGCUUUGGAAGGCUUUCGAGCAGAAGAACAUGAAGUCGUCACUGAAGAUGGAUACAUUUUGGUCAAUCAUCGUUUACCCAGUCCUAGAAAUUCAACCACAGUAAACAAACAUCCCAUUUUUAUAUUGCCCGGAUUAAGUGCAACUUCAGAUGUUUUUAUAUUAAUGGAUGGCAAUCACUCCAUUCCCUAUUUUCUAGCCAAUAAUGGUUAUGAUGUUUGGCUAGUAAAUCCGAGGGGCACCAAACACAGCAACCGCCACCUCAAGUACGACAGUCACAAAGAUGUCGAAUAUUGGAAGUUUAGUUUGUUUGAACUGGCUUACUACGACAUACCAGCAACGAUAGAUUACAUUUUGAACGUGACGAAGAAGGAGAAAAUAUCAGCAAUGGGACACUCUCAAGGAUCGACGACAUUAUUUAUGGCUCUGGCUGCCAGACUCGAAUACAACGACAAAAUCAAUCUUGCCAUUCACUGCGCCCCAUCCGUUUAUUUGAACGAGAGCGGCAUCCCAUCCUUGGACACAUUCGCCAAACACGCCAACUUUUUAUACCACGUGUUCGCCGACGUGCUGAACAUACACGUGAUGCCGGACGCAGAGAGGGAGCUGAAAGGUUUGGAGAAUUUGUGCACCUUAGGGCCCGGUUUCAAGCACCUUUGCAAAUAUCUCGUCAUUUUCAUCGAUUUCGGGGCCGAUUAUGAUAAAAAUUACGAUGACGAUGCUUUUUCGGUUGUCUUGAGUCACGUUCCUUCAGGACUGCCCACCAAAUUGGUAGCACACUAUUUUCAACUGAUUAGAGAUGGGAGGUUUCAAAACUUUGAUUAUGGACCACUGGGAAAUAUAAAACAUUAUGGUACUAGUCUUCCACAACAAUUUUUUGUUAGCAAUAUAACAGUACCUAACAUUUUGUUUUAUAGUAGUAACGAUUUUCUAAUUUCACUAAAAGGUAUUAAUAGAUUAAUUAGGGAACUACAAAAACCAAUUCCAAUGAUGGUAAAAGACAAAGAUUUUAAACAUGUUACAUAUUUAUUUAGCAGAUUGGUGACAAUAAUUUAUCCAAAAUUAUUAUCAGUAUUAAAAAAAUACAACACAUAA